GGGCAGUGCGCCAGUCGCGGUCACCCAGAAAGGCCACCAUGCUGACCCGCUUCCUGGGGCCGCAGUACCGGCAACUGGCCCAGAACUGGGUCCCCACGGCCGGCGUGUGGGCGGCGGCGGCGGGCGCCGUGGGGCUGGUCUGGGCCACCGACUGGCGGCUGGUGCUGGACUGGGUGCCCUACAUCAACGGCAAGUUCAAGAAGGACUGAGCGCGCCGCGACGACAUCAACAACAACAAUAACCACAACAAGGCUACAACAACGAAGGCAACAACGAAUAGCGAGAUCUUGGUGGAGACAGAAAUGAGAGGGAAGAGGAAGAAAGACCUGCGUCCCAGCUCGCGCCCCUGGGUCCUGGCGCUGAGGCCUGAGGUGCGCCGCCACCUGGCCACCAUCAAAGUAGCUUUGAAAUAAAUAAAUAUUCUCGCACAGCG